CUGUUUUUAACUUUUAUUAUGUUUGAGAUGCGCUUAUUUUUUUGGAAAAGGUCUGAGAUGCGCUUAUAAUACAAGAGAAAAAUGGGGUAACGAAAAUGGCUUAUCAUGUUUAAGCACCUCUCCAAUACAAAGAAGUUCUCUUUUUUGAAAUUAUUUUCUGCUCCUUUCUCCAUUCUUAUCAGUGGAACUUCUUGUUGUUUUUCCAAGGGAUUUUGAGUGUUGUUUUGAACAGUUAAUGGCUGAAUCUGUAAACUAGCACUGCAACACAGGGAUAAAGAUUGUGGUAUGGAAGAAACUGUUGAUUUGAGAAAUGGUGUGGAAUUGGCAGCAUCAGUCUCUGAUAAGCAUCUUGACCUUCUAAGGCCAUCAGCACGAAAUUAUUCAAUUUUUAGAGGUCAAGCAAUGGAUGUUGCAGACCAUGAAAAGGGCAACUAUACCCUAAUUAGAGGUCCAGAGGAUUUCCAAACGGGACUUUAUGACAAACCCCUUCCAUGUUAUGGUUGUGGAAUUGGAUGGUUUUCGUUUCUUUUUGGAUUUCUAUGUCCACCUCUGUGGUACUAUGCAACAAUCCUCUACUUUGGAAAUUAUUAUAGGAAGGAUCCUAGGGAACGGGCAGGGUUAGGAGCCUCUGCAAUUGCUGCAUUAAUAUGCUCAGUAGCAUUGCUGAUCGUAGGAGCUAUUCUUAUGUUACGCUCCCCCUAAUGCUAGUUCCGGUAAUAAAGCGAGAAUCAAUAAUUGAUUAAGAUGGAAAUCAAAAAUAGUUGCACGUGUAUAUAACAAAAUAUGAAGAAAAAAUAUGCUUGAAGAUACUAUAUAGGCUGUACCAUUAGAGAAGGAUGAGAAAUCACAGCCUUGGUAAAUUUGUGUAUUAAGUGUGCACAAAAGAAAUAUAUCUCACUUUAAGUUGUUACAAAUCUUAUAAUUUUUACUAUUGAUAUUUUUUGGACAAAGAGAGUUCCAUGUUGGAGAAUACUUAUGGCUAUUGAUUUUGCUAUAAUGUUAUUUUGAAUAAGAGCACAUGUUCAAACUCUCA